GGCUCUGGCGCAUGGGUUGAGAACAUUGCUGAACGCUCCAAUGGCCAACUCCUUGUCACCCGCAUGUUCACUCCUGAACUGUGGCUCAUCGACCCUUCGACUGGUUCCGCUGAGUUGGUCUACAGCUUCCCCGAUGCUAACUCAGUGACUGGCAUUACACCCACUGGCAACGACGAUGAGUUCGCUGUUGCUGUUGGAAACGUUGAUGCCGCCACAUUCACACCUGAGGCUGGCAGCUGGAGCACCUGGAAGGUCAACCUCUCCGGAUCAAACGCCACUACCACUCUCAUCACCAAGCUCCCUGAGGCCAAGUUCCUGAACGGCAUGGGUUCUUUCGACGCUGGAGAGUCGACGGGUCUCCUUAUCACUGACUCGGUUGUUGGUGGUAUCUGGGCUGUUGAUCUUACGACUGGUGCCAACAGCCUCGCACUGCAAGACGACACCAUGCUUGCACCCGCUGGUGCCACCUUCGCCGUUGGUAUCGAUGGCUUCCGCGUCAAGGGCGACUACCUUUACUACACCGUCUUCGCCGGCGGUGUCCUUCGCCGCAUCAACGUUGAGUACCCAUCCGCGGCCAACCUCACUGCCGGCACUGCUAUUCUGAAGCAGAUCGCCGUUGAGGAGCUUGCCAACACAGGUGGUUCUUUCGAUGACUUCGAUGUUGCAGCUGAUGGUACCGUCUACGUCACCACCAACCCUGAGAACACCGUCGUCAAGGUCGCCGCUGCUGGUGGUGAGCCUACCCUCGUUGCUGGCAACGCUGGAUCUCUUAGUCUUGCUGGCGCAUCGUCCGCCCUUCUUUCUAAGGUCGCUGCCAACGUCUUGUACGUCACUACAUCCGGUGGUGUUGCUGCGCCAGUCAAUGGCACUUUGUCCGAGGCUGGCAAGAUCAUGAAGAUC